UUUGAACUUGGUGGCGCCGCGGCUGUAAUUACGGCGACGGCAGAAGAAAAGGAUGAUUCUUUUCCACCAGAGCACCCAUGGCCGUAUCUCAAGUCCAGCAGGCCCUGCCGACUGAUUGUUUGCCCUCUGCGUCAUGAAGACCCCCUUGUGGACCCUGCUGCUGCUGCUGUGUCUCUGUGUCCCAGGACGCUGCGACUGCCAGAGGGACUGUCUCGCCUGCAGCCAGAGCCUUCCUAAAGAGCAGGCCUUCAGCAUGCUGGCCUGUCUGGUGGAGUGCGAGGGUGGUACUGCUCCGACCACUACCUGGGAGUUGUGCCGCCAAGUCAUUGAUCAAGCGCAGUUCCCCUCCCUACCACUAGGGAGCUCCAUGCUGAAAAGAGACAAAGAGGAAUUGGCUGCCCUGCUGCCCGCUAAUCAGGAAAACAGUGGACUCCUGUACUCUGAGGCUCUGCAACACUUCAGCCAGGUGGCGCGGGCGCUGGGAUUGGACGAGCUGGACAGGGAGGGCCGGACAGCUCAGCUCAGCACUGCCUACCGCUCCGAGCCGCGCGGGUCUGAGGAAGAAGAAGAGCGACAGGAAGAGGAGGACGGCGCGGGGGAAGGGCAGCGGGAUGGGGCAGCCCUCAGUCUGACCAAGCGCUUCGGGGGCUUCCUGAAAGGCAAGCACGGGUACAGGAAGCUAAUGGACCCAGGCCGGUACCUGCAGAAGCGCUACGGGGGAUUCAUAGGCGUCCGCAAAUCUGCCCGCAAGUGGAACAAUCAGAAACGCUUCAGCGAGUUCCUCAAGCAGUACCUGAGCCUGACCACCCGCGCCAGCGAGUUCGACAGCGUCUCCGCCGACAUCAGGGAACAGAACGAGGUGUAGCUCCGCCCCCCCCCCACGCCCGGGAUGAAAAAUUGAUAACUUGCAGCCACUAUGACGUGAAAUACUGAAUGCGGAGUGUGUUUCAACCAUUCUUUCUGUAAAUAAAGGCCCACAUUUCAAUGAAUGACAUGGUUAAUUCACGAAAUGAAGUUCUGAACUGAAGUGAAUGUAUAUGCUACAUUACAAGUUUAACCAUACUGAAAAUGGUCACAUGGCUACCUGUUAAAAUUUCUAACAGAAAUGUUUACAGUCUUAGAUAGCUCAUCUUUGUUUGUUACAGAAGCAGCUUACAAAUAAAUACCAGCUGAUAUUAUUGCUUAUUUAAUUGUUGAAUGUUUCAUACGAUUGAAACAUUUCAAUUAGGCAAACUUCUGAUUAAAAAUAGACUGAAUCUGAAUCCCGUGGUCUCAAUUCAUAUAUUUUAAACACUUCACCAAAAGAGCACUUUAUAUGUUCAAGUUAGAGUGUAUUUGCUAAACCUUGGCAGGGUUGUUACUUCAACUCUGCAUCAUACCUUGAAUGAGGAUAUUCUCAUCCGUUUGAUAAUGCUACCCCCUUGUGGUCAUAAAGAAAAUAUAAACUUUUUCCAAUUUUGAACUUGGCAUCAAGGGGGUAACCAAAUCCAUAAAUAUUAUUAAAAUAUUGGUAAAGAAAACUGUUUAUGAUCAAAAAGUUUACAAGUAGAGAAGACAGAUUGGACUUGCAUGUUGUAAAUCUCGCCAUGUUUGUUUGUAAAUAUAAAAAAAUCUAAUUAAAGGAGGGUACCACGAUUUGCAGUUUUCAGACAGUUAAAUAACUCAAAAAAUGCCAAAUGAAUAUUCUGUAAUAAGGUAAACAAGGGACUGUUUCCACGUGACAUACUCUGUUAGCCUGCUAUCACUGGGAACAUUUCUUCACUGCUGAGUAGACUAUUUAGUAUUUGACCUGUUUGUGUACGUAUUCUUUCAAAUUUGUUUCCUUAUUUAUUUUUGUGUGCAACUAUUUGAGUACUCUAUAUAAACAUGUACAGAGAAAAAUGAACAUAAAAACGAUAAAUAAAUUAGUUUAAUAUUU